ACGCUGUAGUACUGCCGCCAACCGCUCACUCUGCUUCGCUUCAGCCUCUUCUGGUUCAUGGAUUAUACAGUUUCGCUGCAAGUGCACCAUCAGCUGGAGGUGUUCCCGACUCACGUCUGGCAGAGCUACAGUGUGGAGUUACAGAUGAAGUCAACAGAAGUGGACCAAGGGCUUUACACAGACAGCUACUGCAAAGUGUGCAGCGCUCAGCUCAUCUCCGAGUCCCAACGGGUCGCCCAUUAUGAGAGUCGGAAACAUGCCAAUAAAGUGCGGAUGUAUUACAUGCUACAUCCUGUGGAUGGAGGCUGCCCGGCCAAGAAGCUCAGAACAGACAAUGGCAGCGAUGAAGGCGACGUGGACAAGAACAAGUGCUGCACGCUGUGUAACAUGUCCUUCACCUCGGCAGUCGUGGCUCAAUCACACUAUCAGGGUAAAAUCCACGCAAAGAGGCUAAAACUGCUACUGGGAGAACAGCCGCCCAUCACAACCGAAGAGGCAUCCCCCAGUGCCAUAAAAAGCUCCACAGAAACAUCUCUGAUGACCUCCCCAAGAGAGCGACGCGACUCAGAUCGCUACUGUCAGUUAUGCAACGCCUGGUUUAACAACCCUGGCAUGGCUCAGCAACACUAUGAUGGCAAAAAGCACAAAAAGAACGCAGCAAGAGCGGACCUCCUGGAACAGCUGGGCAAGACUCUGGACAUGGGUGAGAUGAAAGGUCUGAAGCGAAGCUACACCUGUGAAGUGUGCAGUGUGACGCUGAACUCGGUGGCACAGUACCAUGCACAUUUGCAAGGCUCAAAGCAUCAAAACAACUUGAAGAAUCAGAUAUGUGUCCAGUGAACGCCGUGAUGAAAACCAACCACUAGAUUGAUGUCAGACAAGCUGUGAUCAGCUUGCCCUGCUUCUUCUGCCUCUGCCCUGCUUCUGCUUUCCUGUGCAUAAUUUCGACGUCUCUCUCUCUUCUGUCUCUUUUGGCUGCCCUGACAAGAAGGAAAUUGAAGAGAUUUUCGUAAGACACAAGUAUUGCUUCAACUCUCACCUGUCAAAAUACAACACAGUUUUUCUGCGUUGCAGGACAAGUCUGGAAGCAUCGAUGUUUGACAUUCCAAAGCAGCUGUAUCCCGUGACAGCCUUCAUUAAAAUGCAUGGAUUUAAUUGUACUUUAUUAUCCUCUAGAUGCAUAGACGGACUGUACUGUAAGUAGAAAUUUGACUUUAGGAUAUGAUGGUUGAUUUUUUUUUAUUAUUAUUAUCCUAUACAAUUUGUUUUUAAUUGAUUUAAAGAGCAUAUACAAAAUGAAACAAUAUUAUAUAUUAUCUAGAAUUUCUGGACUUGAACUGGGAGUAAAUCAUUGUGUUUUGCCCGCAGAUUUGGUUCACACAGUGUAACUUAAAUGUGAUGCUUUUAGUGCAUACAUGCUUGCAGUGGUGUUAAAUCCCCUUCUGGCUUAAUGGGAUUGAUGGCAAUAAUGACUUCUUUGAACUCUUUCUAAAUGUUUUAAUGGUCUUAUUUUCUACUGGCUUUACUGAACAGUGAAUUAUCUGUAUGUAACUGGUUGUGCUUUAAGAUGAGCAGCAGAUUUGUCUGCAUCUACACAGGAAAACAGUUACUGUAUUGUUCCAAAAAUAAUACUGUUUUUUUUUCCCCCCUUAGAAGUCUAUCUAAAAAAAAAAAUGGGUUUGUCUUAUAUUCAGGAUUUAGAGAUUUACAUGUCACAUACAUCUGUAACUGAAAGUGUAACUGAAAUUGCCCAUGUGAAACAAGUGUAGCACUCUGGACUGAAGUGACCCACUCUUUAGCUUACAUUGUUGCCUCACAGAGUAGCACACUGAUCUGGCUGAAAAAAAGCAUACCUCAAAAGUGUUAGUUGGCCAGAAAUUGAUGAGAACUUUGAUGCAAAGUAAAGCUCAUGACCAUAAAUACAGUGUCAUCAAGCAAUGCUCAAGCAUCCAAGAAACACAGUGUGAGAGAAUGUUAGUAGAUGGAGAGCCCAAAAACACCAUCUUAAAAAUGUUGUAGUCAGAAAAGCUUACUGUGGUCCUAAAAGCAACAGUGUUGUUGUAGAAACUAUAAUUGAGGAGCUUUCCAUAAUAUUGUCAUAAAAUUGUAAAUGAAAUAAUUUUCUUUGUACAAAAAAAAAAAAAACUGGGUUUCCAUAAAGUCUUUUUCCCCCCAUCCAAAAAGUGAAAAAGGAGGCUCAUCUUAGAAUCACGGCCAACUUAUAAUUGGAACAAUACAGUAUUCUUAAUUCUUUUAAAAUGCCAUUCUAAUUUUUAAACUAAAUUUGAAAUUGUUAACUGUUGCACUGUUUGAACAUCUUAUUGUCAACAAGAUUUCUACUUGUCUAAUGAUUAAAACUAAGAUUUUUCCAUUGUCGUGUUAAUGCAUUUACGCAUAGUAUAUAUGCUCCAAGAGAUUGUGUUAGUGCUGUAAAAGAUGAGAAUAAUGUAAAGGGGCACUCCUGGAUUUUUUAACCAUAUAAAUAAUUCAAUAUAUCUAUUUUUUUGAUUGCCAGCUUAAAAAAAUACAAGCCCUUUUGUGAAUUUGUUUA